CAUAGGUCACCAUGUUUUUAUGACAGUGAAGCAUCUGUUCAAAUGGCUGAUGUACUGCUGCUGCUGCUGAUGAUGAUGAUGGUGAUGAAUGUUGUUGAUGGUCCCCAACCGCUGUCCGCACCAACGGAAUGUACCGGUCCACAUAUCGUCUGCACUAUAACAUCGUUAAAUUCCCUCGGUCCGUCGGUGUAUAAAUAAAUAAAUGAAUGGUAUAUUCCUCGGCGAUGCCGAACACAGUCCAACUAUGUGGUCUGAUCAUUGUGUUUAUGCCAGGUCUAAGUACCGCGAGUCCGAAAUCCACUGCGUUGUCCCAUCUGAAAGUCGGAGUUAUUUGAUCGAUAACAACUUCUAUCUACACCAUUCUCAGAUGAGGUGACAUUGCGAGUGUCGGCCGACGGGAAAAGCACGCACUUUCGUUAUUCCAUCUCAUCUGAUUCCGCUAUCCAUUUGAAUCUCUUACACACCUCACGCCGAAUAUGUGCACGUUGAUUGUUAUACUUCUGGCUUUCAGCAUCAAUGUCUACCCAGAACAACGACAUUUUCCGAGAUACAGUCGGCCGACUGUGCAUACGCAACCAGUCCGCAUGCCCUCCGUCACAUAAAAUACAUCAAAUCCACACAAGAAGAGACUAGAUUUUUCAUGAAUAUUCACAAUAGCAAGAAUCCAUCGUCUGUAUCAAGCGUUCACAAGUAACGCGGAUUACAAUAGAUUAGAAUGCCCUAAUGAUGUUGUGCAGUGGGAAGGAACUCACAUGAUUACCCCGUCUUAAAACUAGAGUGGUGCAUCUUCAUUCGUGGACUAAUCAAUGAGAAGGGUCGUUACCUCUACCGCUCACCCUUUAUUUGUGGAGCGUUUUGUUCUAUUUUCUCUGCUUUUUUGAACCUAGAAACUGGCCUCAUGUCUUCCCGCAUCAUGUGCGAUGUCGAGAUUUCUUGUUUGGACACAACAAACCAUGAAGUCCAUCAAAUCAUCGCCUAAGCUUGAUUCUGAUGGCUUCCUCACAUUCGCCAAUUUUACAUCUUCGUGGCCGAUGUGAGAUCUUCCGUCACCUAUCGACCUGCCGAUAGCCAUUGAACAUACGAUGGAAUUUUUGUGGGAUUCUUCCGUAUUGUUCUAUACUCAGCUCACAUUUUUUCUCGUUGGGAUUAUGAAGUCGAAAACAAUAUUGUUGUUGCAAUUUUCUCCUUAACGUUCACCUUGUCUUGUACCAUGUUUGAGUUAGUGAUCUUCGAAAUCUUGGACAUCUUGCACGCAUCUUCUAGGCGCAUUCACUGGCAACUAGUACUUUUAGCUACCCUGGUGGAUGUCAUAUUUGUGGUCCCUUUCUACAUAUUUUUCUACCUUUCUAAAACCCUUCGUUUUCUUCCACCCAAUCGGUCUGUACGUAUGGCCUUCACAUUCUUUGGAAUGACAAUAUAUUUGUACCUAUUUUGGAAAGUGGGAAGCUCCUUCCCUGUCAUUAGUCCGAAGCAUGGCUUGGUUUCGUUCGAACAAUGCAUUGGGAGAAUCGGUGUGAUAGGCGUCACCAUCAUGGCUCUUUUAUCCGGAUUUGGCGCAGUCAAUUACCCAUACUCUUGUAUGACUUACUUUGCUCAGCCUGUCUCUAGCCUGGAAUUGAAAAACGCCGAGCGCAGAUUACUUCAAACCAUGGAUAUGAUAUUAGCCAAACGACGCCGACUGGCUCAAGUUCACUUUGAAUCGCUUAAAAACCAGGGUAAUGAGAAAGGGGGUUUCUGGAGCGUUUUUCGCAAUGUAGGGAAUUCCCUUGCUUCACCGCGGGUCAAUGAAAGAUUGUUACGGAUUGAGGCCUCUAAUCUGGAAGAGCUCAGCCGGCAACUCUUUCUGGAACUGCAUGACCUUCGAAACGCACAAGAACGUAUUGAGUUCUCUUGCACCCUAAGGGGGAAAUAUUACAAUCUACUUGGUCAUUUUUUCUGUGUAUAUUGUUGCUGGAAAAUCAUUAUUUCUACGGUAAACAUAUUAUUCAAUCGAAUCGGACGCCAAGAUCCAAUCACACAAGGGAUCAGCAUUGCUGUCCACUAUCUCGGUUACGAGUUCAACGUGAAGUUUUGGUCAAGACAAAUUUCAUUCUGGUUGGUCGGAAUCAUUGUGGUCACCUCCAUCCGAGGUUUGUUGAUCACUUUGACUAAGUUCUUUCACGCUAUUGCUAGCACCAAGUCUUCCAAUGUGAUUGUGCUGAUACUUGCUCAGAUCAUGGGUACUUAUUUUGUUUCAUCUGUGUUGUUACUGCGUAUGAACAUGACUGCCGAAUACCGGAGUAUUCUCACUCAGGUGCUAGGGGACUUGCAGUUCCAUUUCUAUCAGCGUUGGUUCGAUGUGAUAUUUUUGGUAAGCGCUAUCAGCAGCAUUGGUUUUUUGUACAUGGCUCACAAACGCGUGUCAGAAUUAAAAGCUGAUUAUAUUUAGACUGCUGAUUCA